AUGGAGUCGCUAGCAUCUAUUUCUCCUUCCAUAAUACUCCCUCCAACAACUACGAUCUCCGUUUCAACCUCACGAUCAGUGUUGAUUCCUCUUCCUUCCAACCGUUGUUCUUCCUUUUCCGGCGCAGGGAGGCCGAUCUCGAUUCGGAGAAGAAGACACUUCUUUAUCUGUAAAUCUUCUGCUGGUGGAGGAGGAGGAGGAUCAGAUAAACAGCUUGGAGAUGAAGAGGAAAGCGAGGAAGUGGAGAAGGCGCUUAACUUGGACGGCACGAUCCCUGGGACUUCGGAUGAGUUUGUGAGGCAAGUCUCGUCACGUGCUUACGACAUGCGUCGGAAACUAGAGCAGACGUUUGAUUCCACCAGCUAUGACGUGUUGGAGUCUAACCCAUGGAGAGGAGACUCAAAGCCUGUUUAUGUACUAACACACAGAGAAAACCAGAUCUGCACCAUGAAAACAAGAACAACUCACAGUGAAGUAGAGAAAGAGCUUGGACUGUUGUUCUCUAAAAGAAUCAGCAACCAGAAAAAGCAAUCUAGACCCGAAACUAAAUUCGAUAUGCUUGUUGAAGAUGUUCGAGAUGGAGUAUUGGUUUUCGAAGAUGUGAAUGAGGCUGUUCGAUACUGUGAUCUACUACAAGGUGGAGGAAAAGGGUGUGAAGGCGUGGCUGAGAUUGAAGCAUCAUCUGUUUUUGAUCUUUGCCGGAAAACAAGGUCUCUGGCGGUGCUAUUCCGCCGUGGAAGAACACCACCCACACCCCAGACGCUGGAGCGUAACUUGGGAUCCCGUAAGCGUUCUCUUGAGGACUUGAGGGACAAUAAAUAA